AUGUACUGUAAGGCGGUGAAGUCACCUUCUGUGGAGUCAUAUACUGUAAGGGGUAGAGUCGUGUUAAAUGGCUUCUCUGAUAUUACUGUGAGGGUAACACUAGCACAUUUUAUAUUUUUUAUAUACUGCACAGACAAAUCAAGUUCAAAAACAGUUUCACAAUCAGCACAGAGUAGAGUAACUGCACUUGUUCAACCUAUUGAAGUUGCUCGACAGAUGAAAACAAUUAAUUAUCAACUGUCUUCACAAAAAUGUUUUGAAGAGGGCUGGACAAUCCGUGCUCCCAGUCCUGCACUGGACGACGAAGAUAUGAUGGAUGUUUUUGAAAUGAUCACUAAAAAGUCUGGUAAAAGUCAGUUAACACAGAAAUCUUACGAUAGUGGAAAGAAAUUUUUAACUAUUUUUCCUGAUGGAACAGGCAAUGUGUUUUACCCAUCAGGCAAUUUAGCUGUAGCCAUUUGUAAAAUGGAUGAAGGUUCGUACAUCUACAUUAUUCACGAUAAUACAGAACAGUCACAUGUGCUGGGUGUAUUCGAACCAAACGGUUAUGGAUAUUGUUACCAUGACAACGGAAAUAUCAGAUUAUAUUUUGAUCAAUUGGAGGGAGUAGAAUUAGAUACAGAUGGUGGAAAACGUAAGAAAUGGUCGUGGAGAGAUCAUACAACCCAUGUCCAUGCCCCACCAUUUCAACCAAUCUGUUUCGCAUUUAAUCGCUAUAUAGGAAUACGGGUGAUGAGUCAGGAGAAUAUUGCUGUUACCUUCAUGGCUAAAAACUGUAGCUGUCGAUUUAAUGUAGGAGCCAAGUUAAAGUUGGUGGCACCAGAGAAUAUAAAACAGAAACAAAUUAAUGAUAAUUAUGUUUUUAUGGAAGAAAAGAAAGUCGCAAUAGAAUGUAUUUUAGACAAAGUUUCCAAUCUGCUACGGUUUCCACACUCCCCCAAAAUAGACAAAAUUCUACCACCGAUACGAGUUACAAACAAGUUACAGAAAGUUGAGGAACUACGAAACAAACAGCGAGGUCGGCGUUCAGGGAUGAAUCGAUCUAGUCUAGAACAAAUACAGAGUACAAGUAAUUCAUCGUUACCAGCGGUUACCGUGAACUAGAGAUAAUACAGGUUGUAUUUAUAAAUGGAAUAUUCUCAUCUAGUCUAUUAAAGAUACAUUAUGUAAGAUUUAGAUAAAGAGCUGACCGUUCUUGCUAUAAUAGUUAUA